CUUCUCGAGCACUGUAGAGAUUUGGAAGCUCAUCAUCGCCUACGAUUCUUGGCCAUAAACCCUAAACUGGAUUAUUUUUCUUGAACAUUGAUAACCGAAAGCAAUUGAGAUGGUGCUGGGCGAUGGAGACGAAACCCCCUCAAGGUUUUUGAUUUGUGUUCGAAAGGUAUGAAUUGUUGAGCAUGGUGAAGAAAAACUCCAAGUUAAUUGGGCAAACGGUAAUUGAGGAUAAAGAUCAAGAUACUUCUGAUGUUGAAAUGGAUAUGAGGUUUUGGCACGAUGUUUUUGAUUUGUAUUUCGUCCGUGGCAUGGAGUCAAGGGGACGUCAAGAUGAUGAUCUUGUUUUCUUUGUCAGAAAAUUGGGUUCCCAUGGUUCUGGUUCCAACAAUAAAACAGAGAUCGUCGAGCCUUAUUUUGUACGCAGGUGGGCACCUAAGUUGCAAGACUUAGUUGAUGAAACUUCUAUAGAUGUGGACUGGAGGCGAUCAUUUUACUUGAAUUUAAUUGCCCAUACAUCAUUCAGUGUAACUGUGGCAAUUUGCAGUCACCAGGAUCUUCUUAAUCAUCGAACUGGGGAGGAUACACCUUUGUCCCCUAUAUACAAGGUCAAAAAUGAAUUUUCAAAUCUUGUGAUAUACGUCAAUAUAAGGUUCAGAGAAAACGGAAGAUUUAUCAACCCUAAGUCCCGUUUUGAUGGUUUGGCAUGUAUUGGAUCCGUCGUUUCUUUUAUGAAGAUUGUGAAGACUGUUUAUGCAUCCCCAAGUCGUGUAAAUUUUCAAUUGGACUCUAAAAAGGAAGUGGAAACGACUCCUGCUUAUCCAGAUAUAUGUUUUGCAAUUGAUGAUUUUGACUCUACUUUUGAUGCUGUGGUUUUGACCGAAAAAGAUCAUUGCUAUUGUGUAGUUCUGAAUGCACAUGAUGGGGCAGCAUUUCCAAGUGAGAAGGUGUCAAAUGAUUGUAGUAAUAGCUCCAAUUUGGAAGUCCAUACUAGAUCCACAAAGAAAAAGGAUACAAAGCUUACCCUUUUCUCAGGAUUUGUCAGCUAUCAAAUGGUUCGAGAUGCUUAUGAUGCAGGUGGCAGGUCCCGAUUUGGGAGCCUUUUAUCAGUGGGCCAUUCCUCUGGCAAAACAGAUAGGAUCUACAUGAAAGGUCCUGGAGGCCGAGGAGAAGUUGAAGUAGCUGUUUCUGGUGUUGCAGAUCAAAGCCACGAGGAUUCAGGCCCAUUUUCUCCAGUUAUAUCAAAGAAAGGGUUCGGGCUUGGCGUAAUUGUCCGCAGAGCAGCUUCCGCCGCAUCAGUAGCAGCAAGGCAUGCUUAUGCAGCGGCCUCUACCUCUAGCUCAAAUUUUGAUGAUUUGGUACCUUUGAAGUGCAGCUUAAUGUCCAUAUCAUUGCCCUGGGAAUGUAUUGCGUAUGAUCUUCUGUUUAAGGGAGCUCCUGCCGUUAACAUGUGAUCAUCAGUUGUUUCUGUGGGCGCAAAGAAAAUCCAGAAGGGGAUAUAUGCAAGCAUACUCAGAAAUGUGCAUAUUUGGGGUUGGGUUGAGCAUCUCUUGGUAAUUUGUUGCAUCUGGUUAUACACAUCUAUGUUAGUUGGUGUAUGUUGGAGUAUUGUAAUUUUUAUAUUUUCAAUUACUAGGGUAGGUUCUUCUCGACUAAUGCAUUCUUUUAAUUAUUUUAAAAGUUACUUAUA